CGUAUCUCAAAGACAUGGAUAGAAAAUACCGUCGGUCGGCGGCUCUCAAUUCUUUGAAUUCUUCUCUUUCUCUCUCUCUUCAACAGUAGCGGCGAAAGUUCUAUUAGCAGAAUUCAGAAAAGAAGAGGGAGAUGGCAUUGGCAACCGCAGAACUUUGUGAUUCCAAUGCAGCCCUUCUUGGAAGCGAUUUGCGGGUGUUGCAGCCUAUUUUCCAAGUAUACGGGCAGUGCAGAGCAUUUUCAGGGCCAAUUGUGACUCUAAAGGUGUUUGAAGACAAUGUAUUGGUAAGAGAGCUUCUUGAAACCAGGGGAGAUGGAAGAGUUCUUGUGAUAGAUGGUGGAGGAAGCCUUAGGUGUGCUUUGGUUGGAGGGAAUUUAGGACAGCUAGCCCAAAACAUGGGAUGGGCAGGGAUAAUUGUGAAUGGAUGCAUCAGAGAUGUAGAUGAGAUCAAUAGCUGUGAUAUUGGGGUUAGAGCUUUGGCAUCUCAUCCUCAGAAAUCUUAUAAGAAGGGUCUGGGUGAAAAGCAUGUUCCUGUUCAUAUGGCUGGUACCUUUAUAUCCAAUGGUGAAUGGCUUUAUGCUGACAGCGAUGGUAUUCUAGUCUCAAAGACUGAGCUCUCUGUUUAAAAUCACUCUUCCUCUUCUUUAAUAAUAAUACUAUUACCAUUACCAUUGGUACUGUUUCUCUCCUUAUGCUUAUGGGUUCUUUUUAUGUAUUCACUUCUUACAAUAAUCAAAGAAAACUUGAAUGUUUUUCUC